CAGUCUUGAAAAGCGACCUCGCAACUAUUACAACAGCAAAUAUUUUCAGAACGCGAAGUUAUUCAUUAUUACUUUCCACGCGGAAUUUUUGUUAUAAGAAUAAUACAGCAGAAAGAUUGUGAUGAGCUAAGGCGACGAUUGACCACACUGUCACUGUUAUAUAAAAAGUCUCUUGAAGCUUUAUCAAAAUUGCAGGCAGCAAACAAAUUGUUUCAAUACAUUUCUGUGAAAUUAUUUUUUAUUAUUAGAAAAAUGUAACUGAAAAUAUGUAAACCAGUCUUCAAAACUCACAAAAUACCAAAGGUCUAUAAUGGCCUUGAGAAUGUAGUGCCACUUCGACCCCGUAAUAAAUAAAAACCAGUUCCAUGUGAACUCAGCCAUGUCAGUUCGGGGUCGAAACGACUCUGGGGAUCAUAAGUACGAGGAGGUGACGGUGAUAGGAAACGGAGCCUAUGGGACUGUGUACAAGGGUCGGGACUUAAAUAACGAUGGCCGCUUUGUUGCGAUGAAGAUGAUACGGCUUCAGAACAGUGCCGAGGAGGGGAUGCCCAUGAGUGCUAUACGAGAGAUUGCUCUGCUCAAACAGCUCGAGGCAUAUGAACACCCAAACAUUGUCAAGUUACUGGAUGUGUGGCAGACCAAGACGUCCAGUGGAGAGAUCCAGUUGAGACUGGUGUUUGAGUACAUGGACCAGGACCUGUCCACGUACCUCGAGAAGUGCCCGCCCCCUGGCCUAGGACUGGAGAGAAUUAAGGACCUCAUGUAUCAGCUAUUGAACGGGGUAGACUUCCUGCACUCUAACCGCAUAGUGCAUCGCGACCUGAAGCCCCAAAACGUUCUCAUAUCGGCCGAUGGACAGCUCAAGCUGGCUGACUUUGGGCUGGCCCGUGUGUACGCUUUCCAGAUGGCUCUCACACAAGUGGUUGUGACAUUGUGGUACCGAGCCCCUGAGGUGAUCCUACAGGCCCAGUACGCCACGCCCGUGGACAUGUGGAGUGUCGGGUGCAUCCUGGCUGAGCUCUUUAACCGCAAACCCGUAUUUCUUGGACAAUCAGACAUAGAUCAGCUCAUCAAGAUAUUUGAAUUGCGAGGUCGCCCCAUGGAGAGUGACUGGCCUGCAGGGGUGACCCUGCCCUGGACUUCCUUCCAGGCCUUUCCCCCAAGACCUGUGGCCUCCUACAUACCAGAGAUGGACAAAGUGGCCACCAACCUGUUUGAUAAACUUCUAAUGUUCAACCCUCAUCGACGCAUCAGUGCAAGUGAGGCGCUAAAUCAUCCUUUCAUUAAAGACGUGGACAUUGAAAGCAUUCGUACAUCGGCAUCUUUAUCACCAACAUCGACCUCAGAAGGAGACAGUGCUGACAGCCGGUCUGAUACUCCAGUCAGCAAAUAGAAACAAAACCGUGAUGGACACGGGGAAUUAUUGGGUGAAUAUUCAGGCAAAGAAUAUAUUAAAGCUAUGCAAAUGUGAUGGACCUGUGAUUGGCACGGGAAAUUAUUGGUUGAAUGUUCAUGCAAGGAAUAUUUUAUAAUAUUUGCAAAGGAGCAAUUUAUGCAUUUCUCAUUGUUUAUGAAAAAUAAACACUGUCACAGUGUGGUUCUUAUGCAAUCGUAAUUUUAACCCUUUCAGUGCGGGAACCGAAUUUUAAAGGCCUUUGCAAACAGUUUGGAUCCAGAUGAGAUGCCACAGAACGUGGCGUCUCAUCAGGAUCCAAACUGUUUGCUAUUCUAAUAGUAUUCUUUGAAAAAAAAUCGAAGAAAAUGCUAAUUUUAGAACUUCAGCUGACGACAUUUUAGCAGAAGACAAAUUUCCCAGCAUGCAAAGGGUUAAGGCUUUUAGAUUUGAAUGGAAGUGAAGGAAAUUUGUUCUCUGUGAUGCCUACUAUGUCAUUUUUCAGUAACAUUUGCGCCAGUGGUUCUUAUGAACAAAACAUAUACCCCUCAUAGGGCCUCAUUAGGUUUCGUAGGGCAUGCCUGUUCUACCUUGGAACCAAGAUGUUUGAGCCGUUCUCUGUGAAAAGGGGGUUUAAUGCAUGUGAGUAGAGUGUCAUUCCAGAUUAGCCUGUGCAGUCCACACAGGCUAAUCAGGGAUGACUUUUUCCAUUAUUAUGAUAUUUUCUGUUUAAAGAAAGUUUCUUCUUAGCAAAAAACCAGUUUAGGCCGAAAGUGUUGUCCCUGAUUAGCAUGUGCAGACUGCACAGGCUAGGCUAAUCUGGGACGACACUUAACGCACAUGCAUUCAACCCCCUUUUCUCAGAGCACGGAUCAUGACAUCAUGUCAUUAAACAUUUCUUACACGAGUUGUCAUUUCACACCAUAUUUGUGAAAUCAAUUCAGGAAUUCUAUUGUUCACACAUUUAUGGAAGACUGUGAAUCGUUUGGAGUAUAGAAUGAUGUAUAAUCAUCGGUUACUGUCAUGUGUUUUCAAUAUUAUGAAAACUAGACAUGCAUUUUGAUUGACUUUGAAAUGUUGAAUUUACCAUCAAUUGUAAAUAUAUCAUCCCAUAUAUAGCAUAUGUUGAUGAUGAGGUCUGAUAGAUUAUAAGUGUUUUUAGGUGUUUGAUUAUUAUUUUUUAAUCACCAGCAUAUCUAAAACCUACACUUUUUAUGCUCCCCCCAAAAAAUUUCGGAGGGAGCAUAUAGUCGCCGCUUCGUCUGUCCAUCCGUCCGUGUGUCUGUCCGUGUACAAUUUUUGUCCGGGCUAUUUCUCAGCAACUAAUGACCGGAAUUCAAUGAAACUUUAUGGGAAGCUUCACUACCAAGAGGAGAUGUGCAUAUUAUCAGCGGGUUCUGGUCGGAUGAUUUUCCACAGAGUUAUGGCCCUUUGAAAUUUUCCAUUAACUGUACAUUAAGUGCAAUUCUUGUCCGGGCUAUUUCUCAGCAACUAAUGACAGGAAUUCAAUGAAACGUUAUGGGAAGCUUCACUCCUAAAAGGAGAUGUGCAUAUUAUCAGCGGGUUCUGGUCGGAUGAUUUUUCACAGAGAUAUGGCCCUUUGAAAUUUUCCAUUAACUGUACAUAGAGUGCAAUUCUUGUCCGAGCUAUUUCUCAGCAACUAAUGACCGGAAUUCAAUGAAACGUUAUGGGAAGCUUCACUCCUAAGAGGAGAUGUGCAUAUUAUCAGCGGGUUCUGGUCGGAUGAUUUUUCACAGAGAUAUGGCCCUUUGAAAUUUUCCAUUAACUGUACAUUAAGUGCAAUUCUUGUCCGGGCUAUUUCUCAGCAACUAAUGACAGGAAUUCAAUGAAACGUUAUGGGAAGCUUCACUCCUAAGAGGAGAUGUGCAUAUUAUCAGCGGGUUCCGGUCGGAUGAUUUUUCACAGAGUUAUGACCCUUUGAAAUUAAAAAAAAAAAAAUCCUUGUCCCCCCAUCUACUGUGCCCUCAAGACGUUUCCUUUUAUCUGAAUAUAUAGUGCAAUAUUGUGACAAAUUAAACCUUUGGGGAGCAUCACCCAUCUCCGACGGUUUCUUGUUCUGGACUUGUUUUGCAACCAUUUCUGUGUCGUGAAGAACAUGACUGUUUGUUCAUAUUUUUGAAUUGGUUGAACAUGAUUACUGGAACUAUGUCUUGAAUUUGUGUUUGUAUAUUGCAAUUAUGUUUAAAAAGAGCCUAAUGGUUGAUGUCACUUUUUUUCACAAGCUUUUUUAAAGUUUUCUUUUUAUACUCUGAUCAUGUAUUAGAAUCGUUGUUAGUGUGCUAUUUUGGUUUUCAUGUAUGUACCUUACCUUUUGCCAGAUAUGCAUUUUUUUGUUGUGUAUUUUUGUUAUCGUAUUGUCAAGAAAUUAUCCUCUCACAUAAUAUUUGAAUGAUGUGCCUUAUGAAUGAAUGGAAUGGCUUGAAUAAUUAUGAUAUUCAAACGUGAGGCGUAUGGGCCUGUGUUGCUCCAAAUAGUUAUGUAUUAAAACAUUGUUUAGAUGCUGUUCAACCAAUUGUUGAUUUGAAGGCCUGACAGAUUAAUUAUAUUUUGUGGAUUAACUCUUUUCCUCUCAGAGGCAAAGUAAAAAUGGCUAUGUGCAAACAGCAUAAAACCAGAAAAGCCUGCGAGUAACUCACAGUCUGUUCAGGUUUUAUGCUAUUUGCUGCUCAUCCGUAUCUAAGGGUUGGAAAUGAAGGCGUUUAAACUUGAAUCUAGUAAGAAAGGUCUUUAAUUAAAUUUAACUUUCUAAGGGACUACAAACACGUCAAAAUACAUAUCUAAGUGGUAAAGGGGACAGAGCUGCAAUUUGCUGAAGUUCCCUUUCUUCUUGCAUUCGUUUUGUUAAGAAUGUCCACUUGCUGCAAGGUAACUGGCUGCUGGUUAAAGAAAUAGUAAACAAAUAACCCUGAUUUUCAAUUUCAAGUCUUCUACCACAUACAAUUUUGGCCAAAAGAUUAUUUCAUACUAUCAAAUAUUGUUUAUCAUGUUAAAAAAAAUAUAGAAGUAAUUCACAAAUAUUGGUAUGAUUUACCAUAUAGUAAACUUUAGUAUACUUUAAUAACAAUUGCGAUGAUUGCCUACUCACAUAUGUGUGCUAAAGCUCAAUAUACUGAGAUUUUUAACAGGACAAUCUGUGGCCUCUCUGUACAUGAUAAUUCGAAUCAGAUGCAAUUUAUUUAGUAAUGGUAGCCCUAAAUUUUGAUUGGCUGCAAAAGUCACAUGUUUUUUCUCCACAUCAUUUGUUUCCAUGAACAGUUAUGACUAUCUCCAAUCUGCCUGUGUAUAUGACAGUUAAAUAUAAGAGAUCCUAUUUCGCAUGAAUUUUUUUAACAUUAAACUAUACGCAUUAAAAUGUAACAAAUAGCUGUUUAUAGUCUCAACUUCCAUUUUAUAUCCUUGACAAUAGAUAAAAUGUGCAUGCAUUUUGUUUGGUUAACACGAGUAAAUUAUAAGGUCCAUUAAAAGUCAGCAUGGAGUAUUAGCCUUCUUUGUGCAUAUACUGACGGACUUACUGGCUUUCUAGAUAUUUUGAAUACAUUUAGACUGGUUUGGAUCUGCUGUCAUUGUGUGUAUUUGUUUGUGUUCAGGUGUGUUGAUGUACCGGUACCCAUUAUUUUGUGUUUGAAGUCACUUGUCUUGUUAGUAUGUAUUGAUGUUUUUCAUGAUGAAAUAUUGUUUCAUAUAUUGUCAUUUACACCAUAUUUCAGUUCUCUGAGGUCAACAGUCUAGCACAUGUUUGCUUUCUUGCCAAGGAGCCAUUCUAUUUAUAGUGAGGUCAAUGCAUUUGUCUUACCUCAAUGUCAUGAUAGAAAAACACUCGAGGUUUGGGAAAAUGUUUAUACAGUUGUAGGGGGUGGGUUCCAGUUAUCCAUAUUUUAUACCUGUUUGCUCUUUUACUUUAACAUCUGUGUCUGAUUUUUAAAACACCAAAAGAUGAGGCCUGUGAAUUUCACAACUGGCUUGUAACUUUUUCCCUGUUGGUUGGCCAGCCUGGCCUGUAAAUUGUGAUGGUCUUUCCCCAUGUCUGGACUCUGGAUGGAUUUUAAUUAAACUUUGGGGUUUUAUUCCACAUGAUCAGACAACCUGUCCCAAAGAACUCCCAUUCUCCUCAGUCAAAUGUCAAGUUCGUAAUUCAAGGUCAAUAACAUGACAAAGUUCGAGUUAUUUUUGUAACUUUUUUCAUGUCAUGGAUGAUUUUAAUAUAACUUUGGAUUAUUAAUAACAAUUACGCUUAUCAUAUAGUUCUUAUCAAUCCUCAGUUGAAGGUCGAGCUAAAACAAAAGGUCAAACCAUUGAAGGUCAAAAGUCAAUAACCUGAAUUUCCUUUCUGUGACUUAUAAUGCCUUGGUGAAAACUAAUUUUAUUUUUAAGUGUUUUUCUUAUAAUGAUCAUUUGAUAUGUCUUGUACAAUUUUGUAUUCUACUAGAUUAAAAUUUAAGGUAAGAAGUCAAGAAUUUUCAUGUUUGCCAAAGUCUUUUAACAAUGAACUUUCUACACUUUGUAUACUGUUCAUUGUUAAUUAUCAUUCCUCCCCCUCUCCUCUAUAGCAUAUAAUUUUGUUGGAUUUGUCACAUUCACAUAUUUUAAUAUAUAACAAAAAUCAGGUUAUCACUUGAACAAUUAGUUGGUAUGCUUAACCCUUUCCCACUCAGAAGCAAAGAGAAAAUGGCUAUGUGCAAGUAACUCACAGUCUGUUCAGGUUUUAUGCUGUUUGCUGCAAAUCAGUAUCUAAGGGUUGGAAAUGAAGCCUUUAAAAGUUGAAUCUAGCAAGAAAGGUCUUUAAUAAAAUUUAACUGUUGAAGGGAAUACAAACCCGUCAAAAUACAUAUCUAAUUGGUUGAGGUUAACCUGUUAAAUGGUUUAUACAAGUUUAAAUCUGUGAACAAGUCCACUUAAAUGAAAAUGUCUUUUGUGAUAUUUCAAAAGUAUUCUUUUAUUUGCAAGGUGGAAAUUUCUUGUGUAAAUGUGCGUCAUAAAUUCUGUGCUCUGUUUACCAAAUGAUAUAGAAAUGAAGUUUGAUCUACUGUAAAUAAUCUUGAAAUGGUUGCUGUUGGUGAUUUCAUGUUUAAGGAUAACGGAAAUUUAGAUUUUAUCUUUAGCUGACCUGAACGUAAUACGCUCAUGGAGAGCUUUUGUAAUUGCCUUUGCCUGUCAUUUACCAUCCCGAUCCAAAUGAUUGAGGCUAUUUUUAUUUGCCAUAAUGAUUUCUUCAAUGUGUUCCAAAUGGGUCCAAUUGGAUUGAAACGAGAUCAAAGCGAUAAAAGUUUAUGAACACUUAAAGUGACAUUUUCUUCUGACAAUCAUCAUUACACUUUCUUGGAAACGUAUUCUACUGAUGAUAGGCAGAGUAGGAAAAUGGUUUCGCUCCAUUUGAAACAUAUGGCUAGCAUGGGCAGGGCUCAUACAUGCCAUAAUUUUUUAGGUCCAAAGCGGGACAUUUCAUAAAAAAAUGUCGGGACAUUUGACCAAAAAGCAGGACACCUAAAACGAUCUAUCAUUCCACCUUUACUAUAGUCAGUAUAGUACUAACAAAAACUCUUGAUACUUUUAUUCAAGACAUAAAACAUCUGAUAUGAAGCAUGAAAUCUAAAACAUAACAAUAACAGUUUUAUUAAAUAAGACAAUAGCAAACAACGAAGAUAAUAUUCAUCUGUUUAAGAGUACAAAAUCUAGAACAUUACGACAACAAUACUCAUUAUAUUAAUUUCAAUGGCAAACAUUAACGCAGGGGAGGCUAUCCAGUUGACUGAAAGUACGGGUUACAGUACACUAUCUACCGAACAGUUACACACGGAAUGCGCGGCCGUACACAUUUCCGUAUUUUGUUUUCUUCCUAUAUACACAGAUUAAACUGAAUUGUGAAUUGUCAGGCGCUGUAUUGGGGUAGUGUCAAACUGUCAUGAAUAACAACACGUUGUUUUUAUUACAAUAACACAAGACAAGAUGGGUAACUCUUUUACUGUUUGUUGCGAUGUUUGUUUAAGCAUGUGUCCAUGCGCAGUUUGUUACUUGUCAAUUGUCGCGGCUUAAUUGGAGUAGGGUCAAACUGUCAUGCAUAGCACCUCGUUGUAUUUAGCUUAAUUGGAGUAGGGUCAAACUGUCAUGCAUAGCACCUCGUUGUUUUUAUUACAAUUACACUAGACAGGAUGGGUAUCACUUAUUGGACUGUUUGUUGCGAUUUUGGUAUAUUGCACAUUCGGAAUAUCCCGCUAUAUUGGAACUAAACAUUGAAUGUAAAAGACUCAUUUAUGACGUAGCGUUAAUAUUACAAAACAAUUGUUUUGUAAACCGUUUCAAACAAAUACAAAAUAAACACAUUUUCAACAUUUAUUUCAUAAUUAUAAAACUAUCGAUAGCAAUAAGCGACCACUAUCUGGAAGACCACCAUGGUGUGAAUGUCUGAUGAAAUCAAUAAUUAGCCGAUAAAUCGCUGAUAAGGUGUCAUAAACAACACUGGUACACACGAUAAGUAGAAUCGGAUUGUUAAUUGGGGGGCAAUAAAGGGAUUAGCGGUGUUAAGUGUUAGCGAAACAGAGCUUGAAUAGCGAAUUUUAUUGGGAACCUAUACACCUUACAUCGUUUUUUACGAAUGUCGGGACAAAUCGUCUCAUGGCGGGACGGCGGGACAAAGGGCCCAAAAGCGGGACUGUCCCGCCGAGAUCGGGACGUAUGGCAUGUAUGGCAGGGCUGUUUUUGUCAGUUAAAGCUAUACUAAAACCACCUUAGUCACAUUUUUUUUGGCUUACUCAUCAUAAAACAUGCUCAGAACUUUUUUGUUAUAACUAAUUUUUUUAACAUGGUUCAGGUCCUUUAACCCUUUCCCACUUAGAAGCAAAGUGAAAAUGGCUAUUUGCAAACAGCUUAAAACCAGAACAGCCUGCUAGUAACUUGCAGUCUGUUCAGGUUUUAUGCUGUUUGCUGCUCAUCAGUAUCUAAUGCUUGGAAAUGAAGCCUUUAAAACUUGAAUCCAGUAAGAAAGGUCUUCAAUUAAAUUUAACUUUCUAAGGAACUACAAACACGUCAAAAUACAUAUCUAAGUGGGAAAGGGUUAAAAAGCAUCACCAGUGGCUAUUUUGGUACAUUGCCUUAUAUUGCUUUUUGAAAGCAUGUUAAGGGUACCUGUAUUAUACUUUUGGGUCACAUGUUAGGGCAUUUUGGCUCUUGACUUAUAAAAUGGGACCAUACUGUGUCGAAUAGUUGAGUUUUCAACUAAAAAAAUAUCUGGCAUUCUGUUAUAACCUCUUUGAACGUGGUUGUGAUGAUUUUGCUGUAUUUUGAUAUUCUCUCUUUAUGGUUUUGUACAUUAUUUUUCUAAUAAAAUGUGUAAUGUAAUAAAA